ACGAAAGCGCACGUGCGACUGCCCCGCCCCCAUUUAGCUGCUCCCCCCAAAAGCGCGAGCGAAUUUUUUGGCGCGCAUUUUUGUCAACGUUAAAUUGCAUCAAUUAUUUGGCAUUCUUUUUUUUCAAGUGUCUGUUAGAAGGCUUCUUUGUAGAGGGUACUUUAGUGUGUGUGCGCGUGUGUGUGUGUGCUUACCGAAAUAAUUAUAGUCGUCGAUGUAACUUUGUCUGCGAGUGUGUGGCUAAUUGUAGGGCGCACUUGCAAUAUUCAUGGGACAAGUGCAGCGGCAUCGGGCUGAAUAAUUCACCAGAAGUAGCAGUUCUUACUUUGCGACCAGGCCGGCAAAAAAAACGAAGGAAACAAAGGAAUCGAAGGGAAAACAAGGAAAAACAAGGAAAAGCGAGGAAAAACAAAGAGGUGCAAGAGAAAAAGCCGGCGAUCCGACGAACAUGUAAAUCGAAGCUCAAAUGGCAGCGAGCAACAAGCGCCAAUACAGGCACAAAUCCCACGGCGCCGCCCUGGAGUGCCUCCUGCACCUCAUCCUGUUCAGCAGAGUUGUGCGUCUGGAGGUUUUCGCCGAAGAGUUAACCACAGCAGCGGCUCUUUCAGAAGAAUGGGGCUCCGGCUGGCGGGGCACCAAUUUCCUCGUGGAGGUCGAGCAAACGGCGCCCAUUUCGCCGCCAUCCUCGUCAUCGGCGUCCUCGAAUGGCAGCGAGGAUUAUUUGGGCGAGCUGGGCAGCCAGGAGGUGGACGAUGGGUUCACAACAGGUGCCACAACAGGAGCCGCCAAUGCCACCACCACCACCACAGCGGAAACAGGACCCAAGAUCAUCGUGCGCACCGAGGAGGUACUGAUUGUGGGCCUGGUCCUGGUGCUCUGGGUGGGCGCCAUCAUGCUCUUCUUCAACCGUUGGGGCAAGAUCCGCAUGCUGGAGCCGUAUCAGCCGAAGUUCCAGCAGCAGCAUCGCAGCUCCUGUCCGCUGGUCGAUUUGGAUGCAGUUACCACGCACCAGCGCUCCUCCGUGUCGCGCAUGUCGAUGGGCAUGGUGCACAAUCUCAAUAUGCCGACGUGCCAAUUUGCGGCCUAUAAUCCCAACAUUUAUGCCAAGGGUUACGCCUCGCAUGUCUCGGCGUCGCGUCCCCGCCAGAAUUCGGUGUUUGUGGGUGCCAGUACCAGUCACUAUCUGAUGCCGAGGCCGCCGAGGAAGACCAGAUCGGCGAUGGACCUGCACUCGAUGGUGCUGGACGAGAGUGCCGAACAGGUGUAGGAUGCCGAGUUGCCGGAUGGCGAGUCCUGUGCCCAAGGAUCCUUGUGCUAAGCGUGUGCUAAGUCAGUCUGUGAGGUUUUCUUUUACAUACUUGUAUAUUGGGGUGCCUACAAUCGAGAGAGAGAGAGAGUUCGGUGUGAUUAGUUCGCUGGAAUAGCACUGUCCAAUACUUGCAACUCUAUAUAUAGUCAUAGUACUUGCCACACACAACUAAACUCUAUUCCAUUUCCAUUUCCCAACUAUCUCUGUCGCACACACCUUCAUUUCUGUGCUGGCACAGAGUCAAUUUGAGUCAAUUUUUUUUCGGACCACUUAACACCUAAAUUAUCGAAAUAAAAAAUUAAGAAAAUAUAUGUAGAUGUAUCUAUCUUAGCGUAUUCUAUUCUAUUCUAUUCUAUUCUAUUCUAUUUUAUCCCGUGUUACUCAACGUAGUCUGUCAGCUAAUCCCCGAUUUUCCUAGCGUGUUUCUCCAACUUGAAUUCAAAUUAUUGGCUAACAGAGCAAAUUGUUAAAGUAAUAAACAUAAACAUAAGCCCAAAACAUAUGUAUACAUACAUACACGUUAAGUAAAUAAAUGUAUAACUGCGAAACUGUUUAGUUCGUAAGCCCAAAGCUCAAAAAUGGAUCAGCAUACAACUGCAAACUUGACCAAAAACAAAGUACCCGUGUUAAUAUCUUUUCCCAGCACCUCUGUAUUGCACCUUAAAAUGUAUCGUAACUUAAGACAAUUUCGACCAAGAAAAACCGGAAAAGUAAGCAGAUAGCGAAGAAAACUGAUGCAAGGAAAUAUAUAGAGAGGGGAAACAAAGGAACAACUAACUAACUAACGAAAGCUUUAAAUUCCUUGGGUCUCCUGGGGAGCUGCUAAACCAAGAACCCAUCCAGAUCGAAGUAAACUAAAGGAAAAAAACCAAAAACCAAAGCUGCGAAUUAUAUGUAAGGCCUAAGCUAAACUACUACCAAAAAGUCUAGUGGAAAAUAUGCGGAUCAAUGUACACUUUACCAAAACUAAAGCAUUACGUACCAUUAUCAGUUUUAACUAUAACUCAACUCACAGACCGUUUUUCCUCACGAAUCUGAAAAGUAAACGCAUACAUACAUACAUUGUUGAAUAUUAAUGUUUAAUUAACUUGUUUACAAUACGAGUAUUUACAAGGGCCUGAGCAAAACCAAUUAUAUAUAUACACUCGUGUAAUAUAUCAAAAACUAAACUAUGUAUACAUUAAAUAUAUAGACACAUGUAUGUGUUAAACCAAAGAACAAUUAUAUAC